AUGAAGAUGUUAGAAAAUGUCUUAUAAUAAUUGCAACAAAUUUAAUCAGAUUUCCACAAAUUCAUUUCAUUUAAUAAUCUCAACUCUCUUAAAGUUGAUUUCCUAAUUUAACAUAUGAUUCUAUGCAAAGAAUUUCUUUUUACAAUUCAUAGAUUGAUUUCUUUUCUUUCAAGAUAAGCAGUUUAUCUAUAAAAUGUUAGUAGCAAUAUAUCUGAGAAUUUCUAAAAAGGGUUUCCAUUUAAGUACUAUUACAAUUUUCGUAAUUAAUUUAAUAUUCGCAUGGAACCAUUAAAAAUAUAUUUGAGAAUUAAAAGGGAAAAUAGAGUAUUCUUUUUCGAGUGCUCAUUGCUUGAUCCUGUAGAGAUUCUGAAAAGAAAAUUGCUACCUUACUACAAAUAAGAGAUCUAGGAUAUGAGAAUAUAUUUUGGAGAUAGAUUAUUAGAUGAUAAAGCCAAUCUACAAGAUUAAGCAAUUCCAAAUGAUAGUUGUUUAAUUUUGAAAUUAAGAAAAGGAAUGUCUGGCGAUUGGGAUGAAUGA